AUGAAAAGAGCAGAUCGUUUGCGAGAGGUAGAAGAAUCUGAUGAUGUAGUAACUAAAAAAUGCGAAAUUUUGGCUGAUAUAUUAAAAAAGUCCAAAUGCACUAUUGUUUAUACUGGAGCCGGAAUCAGUACAGCAGCUUCUAUUCCAGAUUAUCGAGGUCCCAACGGAGUUUGGACUUUGGCCGAAAAAGGAAUCGUGUCUUUGAAAUGCGCCGAUCCAAUUCAGUCGGAACCAACUGCUAGUCAUAUGAUUCUGAAAGAAAUGUGCAGAAAAGGACUAAUACGACACGUACUGUCACAGAAUUGUGAUGGUUUGCAUCUGCGUUCAGGCUUACCGCAAAAAAUGCUGUCUGAAAUUCAUGGGAACAUGCAUAUUGAAGUAUGCCAGCAUUGUGAACCACCGCGUCAAUAUAUCCGACCGUAUGAUGUUACAGAGAAAAGUCAGUUUAGGCGUCAUGGCACAGGGCGUAUGUGUGAAGUAUGUAAUAACGAGUUGGCGGAUACAAUUGUUCAUUUUGGUGAAGCUGGUAAAGUCCCGUGGCCACUUAAUUGGAAUGGAAUUAUUCCGUUGAUCAGUAAAUGUGAUGUCAUAUUAUGUAUAGGAACAAGUCUCACUGUUCUCAAGGAAUACAGUUUUCUGUGGCCCAAGUCAAAAAGCAAUACACAGAUUGCAAUUGUGAAUCUGCAGUGGACACCGAAAGAUAGAGUAUCUUGUUUAAAAAUUAAUGCAAAAUGUGACACUGUGAUGAAAAAGCUGGCCAAUAUUUUUGAAAUCGAUACUGGUCGAUACUGUCGAAAUUGUGAUCCGGUGCUGAAUCCCAAACGAAGUGCACGAAUUUGGGAAAUAAGAGAGCGACUAACAGACUGUACGUGUCGAAAUCGUGAACCGCGCUCGGUUGUACAGCAUACACCAUCAAAGAGUAUUCCGGCAUCACUACCUGUAAACUCUCGAAAACGUCAAUGCUCCAGUAACUCUCAGCACAGUAAUUUAACGAGUCCUCAUGUUAAUUUGUGUACUGCAUUUAUGGAUCGUUCAGACGUUAGUCAUGGUAGCUCAUCAUUUUCCAACGAAGAGAAAGGUGUUGAGGUGGUAAACAAAGAAAGAGUUAUAUCCAGUGAUGUACUAAAUCUGGGAAAUUCGGUUAGUGAGAUUUCCGAGCCUACUGCCGUGCAAGAGAGUGAAACGACUUGCAUUGAUCAGAAUGUUAAUCGUCAUCAUCAUCAGACAAUCGAGGACUGUUUAAAUAAUUUUUUGUUGUCUCUAAGAAAAGAGAGAAAUCCAUCACCGAAUACUUCAGGUAUGGAAAAUGUACAGUAA